AUGGUGAACAUUACCGACUCGACGUGUGACUUUGGCCUCGCGUACUCGGAAGAUGGCUGCACGCGGACGCUGGCGUCGUACAACCCGAGCGCGUACCACACGGUGCAAGCCGUGUAUUUGGCCACGGGAGGGGUGAGCGUCAUUGCCAGUGUCAUUCUCUACGUCCGCUCGGUGAAGCACGAAGGGGCGUUGCUGCAGCAGUACAGCUUCCUCUUUUGCUGCUACGGGGCCGUGACUAUGGUCAUUCGGGGCGCAGACCCCCUGAGCUACGGGUAUGUGAUCCCGCGCCCGAUCAGCGCCUUCCUCGCGGACACGUGUACUGCUGCGCUCUACUCGGUGUAUAUCAUGGCGCUGGGCUACUGGGCGACGAUCAUUCAGCGCGGUGCGGCCGUGACGGACAAGCCCCCGCAUCUCGUGUGCUUAGAGAGCAUUGCUAUUGCUGUGGUGUGGACGUUCCAAGUCCUGUACGACAUGUGCCUCUUUCUGUCGAAAGGGUUCAAUCCACAGGGCCUCGUCUACAUGCAGCUCACGGUGAGCGCUUGUAUGCUCGGUAUCAUUAGCACCGUGUUCCUCAUCUACGGACUACGCGUCUUGAGUCGCCUGCAGCAGUACGAGCGACAGCUGAAAUUGCGCGUACCGAGUCUACGGUCCGACCGCAUGAUGUCGAACCGGUCGUUUGACAUGAACAUGAGCGACGACGAAGACGGUACGCCCGUGAUGCGGGAUCGCAAAGCACAGCACCGUCCUCAAGAGGGCCACGUUGGCAAGAUCAAGAAGAUUUUGUUUGUCGUCGAGACAUGCUCGGUGGUCGUCGUAGCGGCCCAAAUGUACAUGGCCAUUGCCCGCACGAACGACACGCCGAUCGAGUUAGAAUGUGCAAAUGGCAAACACUGCGAGCUGGUCGAGUGCUCGGUCAACGUGCUGCACAUUUUCCAGAUUGUGUGUAUUUGGGUCAUCCUGUGGACUUUCCGCAAGAUUCAGAAAAAAGCGGUUGUCCCGCGACCCCACCGCGUCGCUUGA